AUGAUCGUACCUGCAAUCAAGGCUUUGUUUCCAAGCACCAACAAGCGAGUUGUUCGCCAGCAAGACAAUGCGACACCGCAUCGUUGCAUCAUCGACGCCGCGUUGGCGUCUGUCUCGACUCAUGGUUGGACGUUUGUGAUACGCCGUCGGCCUCCAAACAGUCCGGACUUGAACGUGUUGGACCUAGGCUUUUUUGCCUCCAUUCAAUCCCUACAGCUGAAGAAGGUCAGUCGCACAGUGGAUGAGGUCAUCCAGUACAUCCUCGCUGCCUGCGAUGAGUUGAGCUAUGAGAAACUCGAGAACGUCUUUCUCAUCUUCCAAGCGGUGAUGAGGCUGUUACUCGAGCAUGGUGGGAACAACAACUACGUCAUGCCUCGCCUGAAAAUGGCGGCUAUGCGCCGUGCCGGUCUUCUGAUGUCGAACGUGUCCUGCCCUGUCUAUCUUCUAUUGUAG